AUGUCUAUCGUCUCGCUUCUGGGCGUUCAGAUUCUGAACAAUCCCGCCAAGUUCACCGACAAGUACGAGUUCGAGAUCACCUUCGAGUGCCUCGAGUCGCUUGAGAAGGACCUCGAGUGGAAGCUCACCUACGUUGGCUCGGCUACCAGCGACCAGUACGAUCAGGAGCUUGACAGCCUUUUGGUUGGCCCCAUUCCCGUCGGCACCAACAAGUUCGUCUUCGAGGCCGAUGCCCCCAACACUUCCAAGAUCCCCGACGCCGACGUUAUCGGCGUCACCGUCGUCCUCCUGACCUGUGCCUACGACGGUCGUGAGUUCGUCCGUGUUGGCUACUAUGUCAACAACGAGUAUGACUCCGAGGAGCUCAACGCGGAGCCUCCCUCCAAGCCCAUCAUCGAGCGCGUCCGCCGCAACAUCCUCGCCGAGAAGCCCCGUGUGACUCGCUUCGCCAUCAAGUGGGACAACGAGGCUUCUGCCCCUGCCGAGUUCCCUCCCGAGCAGCCUGAAGCCGACCUUGCUGCCGAUGAUGAGGAGUACGGCGCCGAGGAGCGCGAGGAGGAAGAGGUUGAGGUCGCCCUCGAGACGGGUGCCAACGGCGAGAAGGCCGACAGCGACGACGCUGCCAUGGCCGGUGUCGAGAACGGCGAGCCCGCCCAGGCCGAGGGCGAGGAGGAUGAGAUGUCCGAUGACGGCAGCGUCGACAUUGAGGGCGAGAGCGAGGACGAGCUGGAGGAGGAGGAGGGCGAGGGUCAGGCCGCCGCCGAUGAUGGCGCCAUGGACGUCGACAUGGCCGACGAGCCUGCUCCUGCCAAGCCCGCCGUCGCGACCCACUAG